CACCUGGCGUGUAAGAUUUCAAAAAAGCUUUACAGCUAAAGCAAACCAAGCGUUUAUGUAAGGACAUCUCUCUCAGCAGACAAAACAUUACAAACUGCUAGCAGCAAAGUAGAUUGGUCACGAAAGUCAGAAAAGCAAUAAAAUGAAUCGCUUACCUUUGAUGAUCUUCGGAUGUUUGCAAUCACGAGACUCCCAGUUACACAAUAAAUGUUCCUUUUGUUCCAGAAAGAUUAUUUUUAUAUCCAAAAUACCUCCAUUUGGUUGGUGCGUUUUGUUCAGAAAUCCACAGGCUCAAGCGGUCACGACGGGGCAGACGAAAAUACAUUUUUUCAAUAGAAGAGAAAGAGAGAAAAUGUCUGCUCCAAGCUGUUGCGCAUGCACAACUCUGCUGGCACCCAGCCAUCCACUGACGUGAUCGUCCUUGCUCAUUUUUCAGAAUAAAAGGCUGAAACUAUGUCUAAAGACUGUUCACACCAUGUGGAAGCCAUUGGGAAAGGAAUCUGGUUGAUAUCCCUUUAAAUGGAGGGAAGGCAUGCAAUGGAACAGGGAGCUUUCAAAAUAAGAGGCACUUCCGAGUUGGAUUUUCCUCAGGUUUUCGCUUGCAAUAUCAGUUCUGGUAUACUCACAGACAAUAUUUUGACAGUUUUGUAAACUUUAGAGUGUUUUCUAUCCUAAUCUGACAAUCAUAUGCAUAUUCUAGCAUCUGUGCCUGAGAAAUAGGCAGUUUAAUUUGGGUACGUUUUUCAUCCAAACAUCAAAAUACUGCCCCCUACACUCAACAGGUUAAACCAUUUUGCCACAAAUUUGGAAGUAUGCUUUGCAUUGUCCAUUUGGAAGACCCAUUUGCGACCAAGCUUUAACUUCCUGACUGAUGUCUUGAGAUGAACACGUCUCCUUCCUGACCGGUAUGAUGGCUGCGUGGUCCCAUGGUGUUUAUACUUGCAUACUAUUGUUUGUACAGAUGAACGUGGUACCUUCAGGCAUUUGGAAAUUGCUCCCAAUGAUGAACCAGACUUGUGGAGGUUUAUAAUUUCUUUGAGCUGAUUUCUUUUGAUUUUCCCAUGAUGUCAAGCAAAGAGGCAGUGAAGUGAAGUAAUCUGUCUGUAAACAAUUGUUGGAAAAAUUACUUGUGUCAUACACAAAGUAGAUGUCCUAACCGACUUGCUAAAACUAUAGUUUGUUAACAAGACAUUUAUGGAGUGGUUUAAAAACGAGUUUUACUUACUCCAACAUAAGUGUAUGUACACUUCCAACUUCAACUGUAUGUUAUGGAAUGCAUUUUAUCCAUUGUUUUUAAUGGUAGGCCUACAUUAUGAUCAAAUAGCCACAUUAGCCUACUUGGCCACUGUUCAAACUGUAACAUAAAGCAGCUACAGCCAGCCUCAGUGUUCACAGUAAAUGCGCCCUGAAAGUUGCACAACAUUUUCACAACGUUCAAGUUUGCGUGUGCUCAGCAGACCUGAAAUGUGCUUGGUGUCGAAAAAAAAAACCAGAGGGAUGUGUUACAUUGAUCCUAACCAGGGCAGCCCAGCUGAUGCCAUUCUGGUCUACUGUGACUUCACUGCAGCACCAAAGAGCUGUCUGUCUCCUCUCCAGCCUCAGGUACUUCCACAUACACCUCUGGCUCUGGGACCCUCUGAACUAUAGAUCUGUUUUUCAUGUGGUAAUAACAUAUGCUAUGUGUGUUUGAAAUUCGUUCAAACCUCAGGUGCCAAUGAAGGCUUGGCUGAAGGAUUCUAGGACAAAUAUCUCAUUUCAUUGGUUGAGUUCAAUGGAAAGAGGCCUUCAAGUGAGGCUCAAAUCCAACCUUGAUUCUGUCUUGCUCUCGUGUCCUUAGUUUGAUUUGAUGCUUUGAAACCACACCUUCCAUUUCCUCUCCCAGUUUGAGUAUUCAGGACCGGAUGUAGUGCAGAUGAGGUUCCUUAGGUUAAACAGCAGGCUCACCAGUCAGAACAUUACCUACUCCUGCCAGCCUGGGACAGACAGUGAUCAGGGGAAAGAGAGUUGAAGUUCCUGGCAGACACACGAAGACAAAGUUACCUGGGGACAUUACGAGAGUGUGUGUCCUCUGAGGAGCUGGAUUCCGGAGACCGUCGUGAGUCAGGGUUCCAGUUUGAGAGCGAGGACCUCGAUUUGCUUCCACUGAGAGAUCUGGCAGUGUUAGGAAGCAGUGACCUCACACAGGAGUUUGGAUUCACUGUCGGGUCUGUGUUCUUCAGCUAAAGGAAAGAGAGACACUCUCUCUAAGGACUGAUAAGAGCAGAGACAACAAUGAGACAAUCACCAGACAACCUCCAGCUAGUGGGGAAAUGACUCAGAGAUACUGGAAAGAGACAGAGAAAGGCAUCAGCAUUUCUCCACUUCUCAUGACAGAAUUGUUUAUUGACAAAGUAGAAGUACCAACCAACAGGACAAAGUGUCUGUUUUCUCUCUCCAAAGGUUAACCAGUUAACAAACAUGAACUGGUUGGUCUGUGGCCAGGGAUAUUCUUGAGAGAAGGUAUCUUUGUAUUUUGUGUACACUGAUUUCAUUUGUGAUAUUGAAACAUGCUUAUUCAUGUAAUUGGUUUAAAUGAUGGUGGUUUCCUUAAAUGUUUUUGGUGCUAUAAUUCUGUUUUUUUUUUUACAAACAUUCCCAUACUUAAUUCAGGUAUGUUAUUGACCAAGAGCACUGGUUUACACAACCUUCACUGCCGCAACUUAACAAUGUGUCCCAAAUCUGUGCUCACUCUACCCUUACAUCCCAAGUUAGAAACUAAGGAACAUAUCAAUAUUGAUCCCUUGGUCAAAAAGUAGGAAGACUAAUACAAUGAGGACUAUUAGGAGCUAUGACAAUUAAUUAAUUGUAUUUGGUGAUAACAUUUUAUGCAUUAUUGCAGCACCUGAUAGAUGCAGUAGCCUAACUACCAUUGGUGAAAUUGUAAUGUUCUGAUGUCUGUUGAUACAGAGGAACAAUGCGGUACUAUAAAACAUGUUGUCAAAGGUGAUGUAUAUAGGUCAUUCAAUAAGACCAACGUUGACGUUUUCUGUAGAUCCGUUGUGUCUCCUGUGUUUUUACCUCACUGCACCUUAUUGUGAUGUCCCUGCUAGAGGUUUAUCUUUGUCCCUCCUCAAUUUACCACAUGAUGUUACACCCUGACCUGGCUUUAUUCUACCAUGAACCCCAACCUGAGAAGCUCUGACAAGGGAAAAAUGACUCCCCAGUUCUGUGAAAAACAGUUCUGAUUCGAAUAUAUAUAUAAAAUCCAUAUGCUCUCGUGUUUUGUAAUAUGCACACGAGAUACCAGUAAUUGUUUGGGGUUCAACUGAAAUAUAUGAAUAAAUUAAAGUAUUGUACUAAUUUAUUCAUAAUUCAUUGGUAUUGCCCCUCCACAAAAAGCACCCAAACAAGUGGAAAAUAUAAGCCAUUUUAAUUAAAACUCAAAGCACUUAAAAAGCGAUGUGAUUUGACUACAUUAGAUUAAUGAACAUUAACUACCGAUGAAGAAGCUAUGAUGUUUCAUGAAAAUAAUCGGGCGAAGUGUUGACAUGAGAGAAAGGCGAUAACUACAGUGUAUAGCCCUCAGACAUUGUUGCCCCUGCUCUGAUCGCUCAGAUGACUUUUUCCUGACACUGAGCAUAGACAUUUCUGCUGCUGUUGAGUAGAGGACCAUUCUCUUCAAGCACUGUGCCUAUGACUUCACCGUGGGGUGGGCUGGAGACAUGAACCCACCAUCAAGGACGGACUUUGUGUCUUUAACCCUCACUGGACAAGGAAGUGGCAUCUAUAAUAACAGUAAUCAGUGGAGAAGACAGUCCUGCUGGAGGAAAUGGAAACUGUUAUCCAGAUUGCAGCGCAACCUAAUCCUCUUCACCGUGGCUCUCAUGUUAGUUUGUGGGAUUGCUACUAACCCCAGUGUCACAGAACAUUUCCGAGGCUUGGCUGUUGUUGCGAAGGAGGAAGGUGACCAUGCUCUGAAACCUGUCAUCCAUGAGGUCCAACCUGAGUUGGACAAACUGAACCGACAGUUAGUACCAGAGUCACCUUCAGAGAAGCAGAAGAGGGCAGCCCACAAGCGGGGGCCACCCGGCCUGCAGAACCGACUGCAAAAGAAAGGGAACUUGUCAAAUACCCAGGUGGAGAAAGAGGAGGGAAUGAAGCCACUUGUUAACUGGCGUGUGGCCAUGAUUGACCAAGCCACUGAAAGAAGAACUGCCAAGGAAGAAGCGAACAAGGUGGAUGUCCCAGAGGUUGAGCAAGAGGGCCAUUCACACAAGGAGCCAGAAGUCGAUAGGCUUGAGGCAGUACGUGAUGCUUUCAGACAUGCAUGGAAGGGCUACAAAGAGUUUGCCUGGGGGAAAGAUGAGCUGAGGCCCAUGUCUAAGUCCUAUGGAGAGUGGUUUGGCCUAGGCUUGACCCUAAUUGAUGCACUGGAUACAAUGUGGAUCCUCAACCUCAAAAAAGAGUUUGAGGAGGCUAAGACCUGGGUGUCCACAGAGCUGUUCUUUGAUAAAGACGUGGACGUGAACCUGUUUGAGAGCACCAUCCGUAUCCUGGGCGGCUUGCUAAGCACUUACCAUUUGACUGGAGACACUCUGUUCCUGGACAAGGCUAAAGAUAUAGGAACGAGGUUAAUGCCUGCCUUCAACACCCCAUCCAAGAUCCCCUACUCAGAUGUGAACAUUGGGAAGGGUACGGCCCACCCCCCUCGAUGGACGUCGGACAGCACUGUUGCGGAGGUCACCAGCAUCCAGCUGGAAUUUAGGGAGCUGAGUCGCCUCACUCAGGACACACGCUACCAGGCUGCAGUGGAUGAGGUCAUGCAGAAAGUCCACAAGCUGGAGGGGAAGCAGGAUGGCCUCGUCCCCAUGUUCAUCAACACCAACAGUGGCCAGUUCACCCAUUUGGGGAUGUUCACGCUGGGUGCACGGGCAGACAGCUACUAUGAAUACCUCCUCAAACAGUGGAUCCAGGGAGGCAAGAAGGAGACGGCGUUGCUGGAGGAUUACCUGCAGGCCCUGGAGGGAGUGAAGAAGAACCUGCUGAAGAAGUCCUCUCCGAACAGGCUGACCUUCGUUGGGGAGCUUUCCCAUGGCAGGUUCAGCCCCAAAAUGGACCACCUGGUGUGUUUCCUCCCUGGGACCCUGGCUCUAGGGGCCCACCACGGCCUGCCAGCAGAACACAUGGAGCUGGCCAAGCAGCUGAUGGAGACCUGCUACCAGAUGUAUGCCCAGAUGGAGACUGGCCUGAGCCCUGAGAUUGUCCACUUUAACAUGCACGAGGGCAGCAUCGGAGAUGUAGAUGUGAAGCUUGCAGACAGACACAACCUCCUGCGCCCUGAGACGGUGGAGAGUUUGUUCUAUCUGUACAGGUUCACUAAAGACAGGAAGUACAGGGACUGGGGCUGGGAGAUCCUCCAGAACUUCAACAAGUAUACCAAGGUUUCUACUGGUGGCUACACGUCCAUCAACAACGUCCGGGACCCAGAGUACCCCAGCCCCCGGGACAAGAUGGAGAGUUUCUUCCUGGGGGAGACUCUCAAAUACUUCUACCUGCUGUUCUCCGAUGACCCGGAGCUGCUCAGUCUGGACAAGUAUGUGUUCAACACAGAGGCUCACCCCCUGCCCAUCUGGCCCACUGCACAGUGAGAGAUACACAGGGCAAGUCAACAUGAAGCACAUAUACAGUAAUACAUCACAGCUCAGGGCUUGGCUAACACCAAUAUAUCUAGUUAUUCCUUAUUGCAUAUCUCAGUGACUCAAAUUUGGGUUGGUUUACCCUCUCCUAAAUCGAAAACUCUGGGGAAAAAAAUGCCUAUUUUUAAAAGCCAUUAUUUGUUUAAAAAGUGAUUGUUAUAGCCAUGAUGGGGAGGGGUUGCAGCAGUGCUGGGGUGAGAUUGAAGCGUAGUAGCUUUGAUAUACAGUGGGGCUCCACGCAAGAUCUCACCCUGUGGGGUCAAAAUGAUCACAAGAACGGUGAGCAAAAAUCCCAGAACCACACGGGGGGACCUAGUGAAUCACCUGCAGAGAGCUGGGACCAAAGUAACAAAGCCGACCAUCAGCAAGGGCAUUGAAGAUGAAACGUGGCUGGGUCUUUCAGCAUGACAAUGAUCCCAAACACACCGCCCGGGCAAUGAAGGAGUGGCUUCGUAAGAAGCAUUUCAAGGUCCUGGAGUGGCCUAGCCAGUCUCCAGAUCUCAACGCCAUAGAAAAUCUUUGGAGGGAGUUGAAAGUCCGUGUUGCCCAGCAACAGCCCCAAAACAUCACUGCUCUAGAGGAGAUCUGCAUGGAGGAAUGGGCCAAAAUACCAGCAACAGUGUGUGAAACCUUGUGAAGACUUACAGAAAACGUUUGACCUCUGUCAUUGCCAACAAAGAGUAUAUUAUUUCCUUAUUAGGGUCCUUAUUUUCCACCAUAAUUUGCAAAUUAAUUAAUUAAAAAUCCUACAAUGUGAUUUUCUGGAUUUUUUUUUCUCAUUUUGUCUGUCAUAGUUGAAAUGUACCUAUGAUGAAAAUUACAGGCCUCUCAUCUUUUUAAGUGGGAGAACUUGCACAAUUAGUGGCUGACUAAAUACUUUUUUGCCCCACUGUAUAUUUGGUUAUCUUUGUCUGUUCUCGCCACAUUGCUGCUGAGAGGGCCUGUCUAUCCUCUGAUGACAGUUGUUUACUCAGAAGGAAGAGUGGAAAACAUGACAGGCAGCCAAGCUAUGUCCUUGGAUCAUCAUGGUUAUUUUGUACACCAACACUAGAGAAAGAUAUGAGCGUGACUGGACUCCAAGAUGUGCCUAGAUUGGAGGCAGCAGCAGCCUGAGAGGAAGUGCUAGUUUGACAGAAUACAGCACUGAGUGACCAGUGACACUCCCUAUCAUGGACUUCCCACAUGAAGAAAUUCUAUAGUAUACUAUGGUAUAAAUCACUGUAGUGUAUACUGUAGUAUUUACAGUUAACUAUAUUAUAAAUACUGCAGUAAAGGAAAACAGUAGUAUACUGUAGUAUUUAUUAUAGUGUUUUUGUUUUAUUAUCUUUGACAUAGAAGGGGAGGCUUUCUCCUUCCAAAAACCUACUGGAGAAUCACUAAUGAAGCACAUUUUCCAUAACCUGUAGGUAGGUAGGACUGGGGUCUGAAUGGAGAGUUCAGAGCUUCUGUUCUUUUCUAUAACCUGUAGGGAACACAAUAUAUAGUCUAUACUUGGCAUAUAGGUUUCUCACUUAUGGGUGGUGCAAAUUGGGAUAUGGGAGAGGGGAUGGGCAGGGUAUAUGCUAAUUAAAUACUGUAGUAUUUACUAUAGUUAUAAAAGUGUAGUGUUUUUGUGGACAUUACUGUAGUAUUUACUACAACAUUCUAUAGUAGGUUCUACACAUAAUUGAGGGAUACUACAGUGUGUAGUAUAACAUACUACAGCUUACUAUGGAAUUCUAUAGUAUGUACUGUAGUAUUCAUUUGUUUUAUGUAUGUGGGUUUACAGUAAAUGACCAAGUAUUGUGAUAAAACAUUCUGUGUCCCUGGAUCCUCUCACUCUCCGGUCUCUUGAUCGCAUUCUUAAGAAAUGGUUUAUACAGAUUUUGAAAAGAAAAUCAGUCUGAUUUUAAUUGCAUACUGUGAACCUUUUUGUGUAUGGGGACUGCAAGCACUUAUUGUUUAAUUUCCUUGUGUUUUGAAUUUGACUGACUCAGCUGCUAUUAUAUUUAAUGAAUGUUACGUUUUCCUUAUUUGUCAUGCUUUCCUUUGUUGUGGGGUCAAACUAGUGUAAGUUGGAGUGGACAUUUGGGUAAUUUUAGUUAUACAGAUGUUUGAGAUUUAAGCUGAAUUUAGUUAGUAUCAUUUGAAUUAAUUUAGUGUAUUGUGGUAUACUACAGGGCCUUCAGAAAGUAUUCAUACCACUUGACUUAUUCCACAAUUUGUUGUUGUAGUCUGAAUUCAUAAUUUAUUACAUAAAUGUAUUCUCUCACCCAUCUACACACAAUCCCUCAUAAUGACAAAGUGAAAACCCUGUUUUUAGCAAAUGUAUAAAGAAAUGUAAUGCAUAAGUAUUCACACCCCUGAGUCAAUACAUGUUAGAAUCACCUUUGGCAGAGAUUACAGCUGUGAGUCUCUAAGAGCCUUGCACACCUGGGUUGUACAAUAUUUGCACAUUAUUAUUUUCAAAAUUCUUCAAGCUCUGUCAAGUUGGUUGUUGAACAUUGCUAGACAUCCAUUUUCAAGUCUUGCCAUAGACCUUCAAGCUGAUUUUAAGUCAAAACUAUGACUUGGCCACUCAGGAACAUUUCAAUGUAAUCUUGCUAAGCAACUCCAGUGUAUAUUUAGCUACACUCGCAAUAACAUCUGCUAAACACAUGUAUGUGACCAAUAACAUUUAAUUUGAUUUAUUUGGCCUUGUUUUAGGUUAUUGUCCUGCUUAAAGGUGAAUUUGUCUCCCAGUGUCUGUUGGAAAGCAGACUGAACCAGAUUUUCCACUAGGAUUUUGCCUGUGUUAGCUCUAUUCCAUUUUUUAUUUUUAUCAUUAACUCCCUCGUUCUUGCCAAUGACAAGCAUACCCAUAACAUGAUGCAACCACCACCAUGCUUGAAAAUAUGAAGUCUAUAUUUGUAUUGACUGGGUGUUUUGGUACACCAUUUAUAGUGUAAUCACUUCACCAUGCUCAAAGGGAUAAUCAAUGUCUGCUUUUUUAUUUAUUUUUUACCCAUCUAUCAAUAGGUGCCCUUCUUUGCGCAGCAUUGGAAAACCUCUAGUCUUUGUGGUUGAAUCUGUAUGAAAUUCCCUGUUCAACUGAGGGACCUUACAGAUAAUUGCAUGCGUGGGGUACAGAGAUGAGGUAAUCAUGUUAAACAAUUAUUGAACACAAAGUGAGUCCAUGCAACUUAUGUGACUUGUUAAGCAAAUAUUUACUCCUGAACUUAUUCAGGCUUGCCAUAACAAAGGGGUUGAAUACUUGAUUCAAUUGUAAACUGCAACACAACAAAAUGUGGAAAAAAAGUCACUGUGUGACUACUUUCUGAAGGCACUGUAUAUCUGGAUAGGCUGUAUCAUUCCUGUAAAUAUCUAUUGGGAAUGCAAUAUGUAUAUUUUUCACUCUCAUGGUUCUAUUUGUAGUAGUAUUUUAUUUAAACGUUUUUGAGACUCAAUUCAACAUCCUAGGUAUAUAGUGUGAGAUUUUCUUCCCAAUUGGAAUGUUCAGCGCUCUCCUCAUUCAGUGUUGCUUCACUUGUGCCUUCAACGUUGCCCUGGAUAACCUUAUGAAACUAUUUUGACAUCAUUCAUAAAUUGCUGUUUUGUUAUGGAAAUGUGGAUAGUUGUGCACAGAUUUUUGUUUUACAUAUUCAUGGUGUGGAAUAAGGAAUGUCAUUUUCCAACAGUCUUUCAACCAUUUGCUGGAUGUACAUCCGUAACUUUCAAAAUGUGCAUGCACUUAUAGCACAUAUCACGAAAUAAGGGCUCUCUGCUUGCUAUCCCUCUUUCACAUUUCUGAUCAGUUAUUAUACUGCUGGUUGGAUUUCAGAUUCCUUUUUUAGAACUCUGAUGUUUCUCAAAAUGGAUUCUAAACGGUUUUAAACCAAAGAUAUCCUGGUUAUUACAAUAUCUGGAAUGAAUCUACACUUCAUUCUGUGAGGAAUGACAAAAUAAGCCAUUUCCCUAAGCCAUGUUUUAUAACAAUGUAACUAAGGACUAUUGGAGUUUUUGAUACAGCAUCUGAAGUCAGCUGCAGCCUGCUGACAGCUGUUAGCUAACCAAGGUCAACAGCGUGUUAAUACUGUCUUGGUUAAUCACGUCUGCUGUUGUUCUGAUUCCCUCAAGCUGUGGAGGACCAUUUUUAUUUCAAACUGCUAUUGCCAUAUACCCACCUGGGACCUCAAGGCAAAAUAAGAAAUAUAAGUUAUUGUAUUUUUCUUGCAUAUUGUAAACAUUUGCAGUCAAUGUUACACAUUUGUCAGAAUCUCUCCAUUUCAAUUCAAAUAUGCGCCUAUGACAUUUGCAACACUGUAUUUUGGAACAGCCCGUUUGAUGAGACUGCAACACCACUGACUCAGAUGGAAAGUAGUACACCCAUGUCUUGAUUUAAAUCUCUUUCAAACUUGGACAUGAACAUGCUAAACCAAAGGCUGGGAGCUAAUGAGACUAGUGUUUCUGGGUCUGUGAACUGUUUUUAAGUCAUGGCCUUUCAAAAUGUGUUAUGAAUCAUGUCACUUAGUUUUAUUAAACCAUGGACCUGCUUUAAUUUUGUAUAAAUGUCAACAUUAAAAUACUUUUAUUGAACAUUUUACAA